UAUUCGCCUGGAGAUAUUAUAUUUGCAAAAUUGAAAGGCUUUCCAUGGUGGCCGGGGAGGAUUGAAAAUGAGAAGGAUUUGCCUGAACAUAUUAUGAAAAUCAGACGAAAGCAAGCAAAAAGUACAACUUACACUAUUUUUUUCUUUGGCUCAAACGAUUACCAAUUUUUCAAUCCUAAGGAUAUUCGCCCCUUCGAGCCUAAUACAGUUAAAAAGGAUUUGGAAGCGCAAAAGUACAAAACAAGAGACUUACAGGAAGCAAUUUCACAGGCAAUUGCAGCAACAAAGAAAACUUCAGUGGAUGUGAAGGAGGGAAAAGCAAAGAAAGGCAAGCAGAAAAAGGUUGAAGAGACUAAGAUUGAAAAGGUUAACCAACAAAAGAAAGAGGACAAAGCUUCAAUUGAAAAAGGAAAAGAAACCAACGACAAGAGCAAACCUAAGAGGAAGGAGAAUAUGGCUAAAUCUACCCCUACCAUUACAGGAAGACCGAAGCGUACACGACGCAGAGCAGAUUCUGAAGCACCACAGGAUGCCAAUGACAAAAAGAGAAGAGUAAUAGAAGAAUUUAAAAAGACCAAAGAUUUUUUGCGCGUAUAUCAACUUAGACAUCGACUCCAGAAAUAUGUUUAUAACAGGAAACCGGGUGAUAUUCCAGAAUCCGAAUAUGGCGCAAUAUCCUCACUUGUGAAGGAUAUUGAAAACGAAAAGAAUAUGACAAUUGAUCUUUUGAAGUAUACCAAAAUUGGAAAAGUGAUUAAGCUUACAUCUGCAUAUGAUUAUGGCGAGAACGAUAAGUUUGAUAUCGCUGGACGUUGUAAUCAAAUUAUAGAGAAUUGGAAACAUUUAGUGUUUGAGUAUCAACGAGACCCUGAGCCGUUA